UGUGAGUGGUGGUACCUGGGUUGGUGGAAGCUGGUCUGCUCUGGUGUGGCUGUGAGUGAGUGAGAGUGACCGAGUCUUCUUCCACCUUGCAGCUCCUCUCUCUUGUUGUUCCCGUCACGGUGCAGCAAGCAAACAAACAAACAAUCAGAUCGACACAGAUCCGGUGGUUGCCUCACCUCACCGGAUCUCCCCAUUCCUUCUCCUCUUCUUGCUCUCCGCUGGACUGGACUCGAGUGGAAGCAAAGCAAUCAUCUUCAUCUUAUCUUGGAAGGAAGAUUGAUUGAUGGGGAAGAAGCCCAAGUGGCUGGGCGCCGUCAAGAAGGCUUUCAGCCCCGAAUCCAAGGACCAGAAACUGCAGAGGAGAUUGGCCGCCGCCGGCAGCAGCAGCGCGGCCUACCUCCAGGCCCGCGCCUCCUCCUCAGGCUCCGCCCUCCCCCGCUACCCCGACGACUUCCCGGAGGCCUCACUUCCUGCUCCGGCCCCGCUCCCCGUCGCUCAAACUCAAACUCAAACUCUAACUCUAACUCUAACCCAAGAGGAGGAGCAUGAAAUUGAGCAUGUCGCCGCCGCGCCAGCGCCAGCCACGGAUGCGCCGCUCCCUGCCCCUGCCCCUGCUGCCGCCGCACCACCACCACCACCACCACAGGCACAGGCCGCCAUUGUGCCGGCUCCUUGUUCCUCUCCCAUCCUGUCCAGGGAGCUCGCCGCCACCAAGAUCCAGACCGCCUUCCGAGGUCACCUGGCAAGAAGGGCGCUGCGGGCGUUGAAAGGCCUUGUCAGGCUCAAGUCUCUGGUCCAAGGCCACUCCGUCAAGCGCCAGGCCACCAGCACGCUUCGCUGCAUGCAGACUCUAUCCCGGGUCCAGUCCAAGAUACGGACAAGGAGGAUCAAGAUGGCCGAGGAGAACCAGGCCCUUCAGCGCCAGCUCUUGUUGAACCAGGAACUAGAGACUCUCAGGAUGGGAGAUCAGUGGAAUACCAGCCUGCAGUCCAAGGAGCAGAUCGAGGCCAGCCUCGUGAGCAGGCAAGAGGCCGCAGCUAGAAGAGAACGGGCCCUCGCAUACGCGUUUUCCCAUCAGUGGAAGAGCACCUCAAGGUGUGCUAACCCGAUGUUUGUGGACCCGAGCAACCCGCACUGGGGCUGGAGCUGGCUGGAGCGGUGGAUGGCGUCGAGGCCGUUCGACGGCCGGAAUGGGACGGCCGAGAAGGAUGGCAGCAGCGUCGACCGCACGUCGGUGAACAGCACCAGCCUGAGCAUGAACCUCGGCCAAGUGGAGACGGUCACAAAGGCCGACAACCAGGUGGUGGACUCUUUGAAGCCGAACGAUGAUAAGCCCACGCCGCUUUGGACUCCGAAGCCGUCCGGCCCUGCCCCCAGGCAGUCCCCGUCGACGCCCUCGCCGGUGCUGGCGAGGAAGAAGAGCGCGACGCCCAAGAGCGGAGACGGUGACGGCGACGGCGACGACGCGAGGAGCGUGGUCAGCACUGUCCGGUCCGAGCGGCCCCGGAGGCACAGCAUGGGCGCGUCCAGCGUGCGUGAUGACGCGAGCCUGUCGGGCUCUUCCCCGUCGUCGGUGCCGAGCUACAUGGCGGCCACCAAGUCGGCGUCGGCCAGGGCCAAGUCGCGUGUGCAGAGCCCGAUGCUGACCGAGGGUGCUGCUCAAGCUGAGACGCUGGAGAAAGGAUGGUCUUCUGUGGGUUCGGCGAAGAAGCGGCUGUCCUUUCCGGCUGGGACGCCGCCGGCGGCGACGAGGCGGCACUCCGGGCCUCCCAAGGUGCGGCAGGCGGCCGUGGAAGGUGGCACCGCGGAAGGGGACUCGUCGCUCGUGUGACAUGCUUCAUGGGAAGGAGAUUCAGUAUGGUCUGGAGCAGAUCGGAAUUUGUUGCAUUUGUUGAGUGAUGAAAGGAACAUAUAGAAUGGUGUGUUGUGUGCAUCCAUUUGAUUUGUUUUGUUUUGAUUUCUUUUGUAUGAUGGCAGUAUUCUUAUUUGAUUAUUCAUCAUUGAAUAAAAAGUAGUAUCUGUCUGUAAUGAAGAUAAAAAGUACUAGUAGAAUUUUAGAUUUAUUUGCAGGGCA